AUGGCCCUGGGCCCUGCCCUGUGGCUGGGCCCUCUGCUCCUGGCUUCCCUCGGGGGGACCUCAGCUCCAGCCUCUCUCCUUAGGCGCCUCAGAGAGCACAUUCAGCGUUUUCAGGAGAGCUCUGCCCUGGGCCUGAGUCUGGAUCCGGGGGUGGCGGCCCUCCCUAGAGAGGGGUGGCUGGAGCAGCCCCUGGACCCCUUCAAUGCGUCUGACAGGAGGUCCUUCCUACAGCGGUACUGGAUAAACGACCAGCACUGGGCCAGCCGGGAUGGACCCGUUUUCCUGCAUCUGGGGGGCGAGGGCAGCCUCGAUCCUGGCUCAGUGAUGAGAGGGCAUCCUGCAGCCCUGGCCCCAGCCUUGGGGGCCCUGGUGAUUGGCCUGGAACACAGGUUUUAUGGCCUGAGCAUACCUGCUGGGGGCCUCACCAUGCCCCAACUCCGCUUCCUGUCCAGCCGCCAUGCGCUGGCCGACGUGGUCUCCGCCCGCCUCGCGCUCUCCCGCCGCCACAACGUCUCCUCUUCCAGCCCCUGGGUCUGCUUCGGAGGCUCCUAUGCCGGCUCCCUGGCCGCCUGGGCGCGGCUGAAGUUCCCACAUCUCCUCUUCGCCGCGGUCGCCUCCUCGGCCCCGGUGCGGGCCGUGCUGGAUUUCUCCGCGUACAACAAGGUGGUGUCCAGGAGCCUCACGAACACGGCCAUCGGCGGAUCUCCGGAAUGCCGGGCGGCGGUGUCCACGGCCUUCGCGGAGGUGGAGCGACGGUUGCGCGUGGGAGAUGAGGCCCGUAAAGCCCUGAAGGCUGAGCUGGGUGCCUGCUCGUCCCUGGGCCGCGCGGAGGACCGGGCGGAGCUGCUGGGGGCGCUGCAGGCGCUGGUGGGGGGCGCAGUGCAGUAUAACGGGCAGGCGGGGACGCCGCUAAGCGUGCGGCAGCUCUGUGGACUCCUGCUCGAGGGCAAGCCCUACCGCGGGCUGCGUCGGGCGGUGCAGGUUGUCAUGCAUGGCCUGGGCCAGAGAUGUUUAAGCUUCUCCCAAGCAGAGACAUUGGCACAGCUGAGGGUCACAGAACCCCAAGUGUCUGGUGUGGGUGACCGGCAGUGGUUGUAUCAGACAUGUACUGAGUUCGGCUUCUAUGUCACCUGUGAAGACCCCACAUGUCCUUUCUCCAAACUCCCAGCACUGCCCUCCCAGCUGGAGCUGUGUGAGCAGGUAUUUGGGCUUUCAACCUCAUCCAUAGUCCAGGCUGUGGCUCAGACGAACUCCUACUAUGGUGGCCAGACCCCAGUGGCUACCCAGGUGCUGUUCGUGAAUGGGGAUUCGGACCCCUGGCAUGUGCUGAGUGUAACACAGGUCUUGGGACCCUCUGUGUCAGCCCUUCUCAUCCCCAAUGCCUCUCACUGCUUGGAUAUGGCACCUGAGCGGCCCUCAGACACCCCCAGCCUCCGCCUAGGGCGCCAGAGCAUCUUGCAACAGCUGCAGACCUGGCUCAAGCUGGCAAAGAAGAGCUUGGUUAGGGGUGGGGUCUGA